AUGUGUGUGUGUGCGGGCUGCCGGGCUGCCCCGAGCCGGCGGGGAGCCGGUCCGCUCCAGGUGGUGGGCGGCGGGAGCGAGGGAGCGGACAUGGACUUCGAUUCGUACCAGCACUAUUUCUACGACUAUGACUGCGGGGAGGAUUUCUACCGCUCCACGGCGCCCAGCGAGGACAUCUGGAAGAAAUUUGAGCUGGUGCCGUCGCCCCCCACGUCGCCGCCCUGGGGCUCAGGUCCUGGCGCCGGAGACCCAGCCCCUGGGGUUGGUCCCCCAGAGCCGUGGCCCGGAGGAGAUGAGGCGGAACCUCGGGGCCACUCGAAAGUUUGGGGCAGGAACUACGCUUCCAUCAUCCGCCGUGACUGCAUGUGGAGCGGCUUCUCCGCUCGGGAACGGCUCGAGAGAGCGGUGAGCGACCGGCUCGCUCCUGGCGCGCCCCGGGGGAAUCCGCCCAAAGCGCCCGCCACCCCAGACUGCACUCCCAGCCUGGAAGUCGGCAAUUCGGUGCCUCCCACCCCCUGUCAGCUGGGUGAACCCAAGACCCAGGCCUGCUCGGGGUCCGAGAGCCCAAGCGACUCGGAGGGUGAAGAAAUAGAUGUUGUGACGGUGGAGAAGAGACAGUCUCUGGGUAUACGGAAGCCAGUCACCAUCACCGUGCGAGCAGAUCCUCUGGACCCCUGCAUGAAACACUUCCACAUCUCCAUUCAUCAGCAACAGCACAACUAUGCGGCCCGUUUUCCUCCAGAAAGUUGUUCCCAAGAGGAGGCUCCAGAGACAGGUCCCCAGGAAGAGACUCUGGAUAGAGACACUCCCCAGGGGAAGGAGGACAAGGAGGGUGAAGAGCUCGUGAGUGCCCCACCAGUAGAAAGUGAGGCUUCCCAGUCCUGCCACCCCAAACCUGUCAGUUCUGAUUCUGAGGAUGUGACCAAGAGGAAGAACCAUAACUUCUUAGAGCGCAAAAGGCGGAACGACCUCCGGUCACGGUUCUUGGCCCUGCGGGACCAGGUACCCACCCUGGCCAGCUGCUCUAAGGCCCCCAAAGUAGUGAUCCUAAGCAAGGCUUUGGAAUACUUGCAAGCCCUGGUGGGGGCUGAGAAGAGGAUGGCUACGGAGAAAAGGCAGCUGCGGUGCCGGCAGCAACAAUUGCAGAAAAGAAUUGCGUACCUCAGUGGCUACUAACUGACCAAAAAGCAAGACACAAGUUUAUUUUUUAACCUCCCUUUCCCCUUUAGUAAUUUGCACAUUUUGGUUAUAGCAGGAUGGUCGGAACUGUAGAUCCCAGAAUGCAUGGCAGCCAGUGCACACACAAUAAGGCCUUGCAUUCUUGGAAAUCUUGAAACCCAGCUUUCUUUCCUCCCUGACUCAUGGGAGUGUUGUGUCCUCUGUGGCGCCUCUGGCUUCUCAGCAGGCAGCUGACUGAGGAGCCUUGGGGUCUGCCUAGCUCACUAGCUGUGAAGAAAAGGCUGACAGAUGCUAUGCAACAGGUGGUGGACGUUGUCAGGGGCUCCAGCCUGCAUGAAAUCUCACACUCUGCAGGAGCUUUAGGCUAGGAAAGGAUGCUCCCACUGGUAUCUCUGGGGGUGAUGCGAGGACAGCUGAUCCUGGACGCUCUCCCUGAAGCUCCUUUUUCCUGGAGACACACAAGCUGUCCUGGGUUGAAGACAAGCUCACAGACUUGAUCAACAUGGACCAUUUCCUUACUGUCAGACACUUUACAGUAGAUGAGGAGUGGAAAACGUAUAUAUAUUAUGAUGUUAGGUAGCCCCCCUACCUGCUCCUCAAUGCUGCGACCUUGAGAACAUUUAAAGACCUUGGCCUCUAGAUUCUUUGUCUCAGAGCCCUGAACUCUCUCCUCUGAGGGAGAGACCUUUCUGUUCUCACAAGGGACUUUCUGUUUCUUUGUUUCAUUCUGCUUUUGUUAUGCAAUUGGCUCUACAGCCCCCUUUCCCACAGGUCAGAAAUAUUUCCAUAUGACACAGGGAAAUGGGUUCUAGCCUGGGGCCUGGGGAAGGCUCGGAGUCCUGACUCUUGAACUUGUUCCCUGCCCAGGUAUUUUCCAAUGGCCAUUUGAGGCCCGUUUCGGAUUUUUUUCCUCAAGGCAGGUGUAAGACACCUCAGAAGGAAGCCCUGUACCACUUCCUCUUUCCCACCUGCCUGUUAUCUCAGUCCUUGAAUGUUUGAAGUUCUACUGGAACCAUGCAAACUUGUCCUUCUCCUGUGACUCCCAGGGAGCUUGCCAGCUUUGCAGCCACCAGCAUGACUCUCUGCCCUCCUGACAUGAGUCAGCACUCUUUUUCAGAACCUGGGCCUUAGUAAGGUUCUGGGGAGAGCUGUUGGGACUCAGUCAAUGCUCCAGGAAGGUGGACUUGCUUCCUGGUGGGUUGUAAAGGCACCUCCAGGAACUCUGCUUAGCCGUCCAUGAUAGAUUUCACCCCAGCUGGACUCUGCAGCUUCAAGGGGAAUCCAGGUGCAGUCUCCAAUCUGGGAAAGCCACCCAAUCUAGCAAGUUUCAUGUGGGCAACCUCAGGAACCCCUAACGCUGGCCUGGAAGAAGUACAGCCCUUCCAGAACUGUGCCCAGGACAGCAGGUCCUGCUGGUUCUGAGUUGGGAAGUAGGGGAGGGUCUGGGCAGUAAGCACUAUUUGUGGCUCUGAAAAACCAGCUGCUACUUCCUAACCUACUGUCCAUAGUGGUCUCUUUCUGAGGUUGCUUCCUAGCCUCAGAGAAUUAGGCAGUGGUAAUUUCAAAAAUAGCUGCUUUUCUGGAGCAGGGUUUUCAGGAGCCAGCUGACUUUUGGAACUGUCUUAGGAGGAUGAGUGAGAAACAGGUUACUGAUUGAUGCCUCACCUGAAUAGUUUGUGUUUUAUAAGCUGCUGCUGGGUAUUAUGCUGGGGGAGUCUUUUUUUUUUUUUUUUUUUUUUUUUAUACCGUAUUUUUGUAUGCCUUUUGCAAAGUGGUGUUAACUGUUUUUGUACGAGGAAAAAAAGAAAAAAACCUCUUGGGCAAUUCUGUUGCAAGGGUCUGAUUUAUUUUGAAAGGCAAUAUACCUGAAAUUUUGUAUUUAGUUGUGAUUAUUGCCUGCCUGAUUUUAAACUGUUGCCUUCUGGGACAUCUUCUAAUAAAAAAUUUCUCAA